AGUUUGUAUGGGAUAAUAUCAAUCUUGUAUGUAGACUGAUUCUGCACCCAUGCAAUAUAAUUAGCACACAGCUGGACAAAUAAGUAAAUGAUAACCAACAAAAUAUUUCAUUUACAUUUACUUCAAUACAACCCCUGUUGGAAUAUGCAAGAAACUCUUGUUGGUACUAAUGAUGAAAGUGAUUUAAGAACAAGAGGCAACAAAACAGCACUUUGUACAAGGGUGCAUUUUUUUAUGAAGAUUACUGAGCUGGUGUUUGCAUGCUUGGCUGCUGGAUUGCUGUCUGAAGCAGAGGAUAUAACAAACACCAUACUGAAAACAGAAAUAGUACAUGGAACAACAAUUGGUUUUAUUAUGAUCAAUGGACUCAUAGUUUUUGCUGAACUUACACAGCCAAUAGGCAAAGCACCGAUGGUACUGUCAUCAGUAUUUGGUUGCAUUAUGUUCAUCACUUCUGGAGUGUGUCUGCUACAAGUGAGGAAGACUAUUGGUGCUGUGUGUGCAGGAAUAAUCUCAAUACUAGAAGGUGUACUCUUCUUCAGUGAUAUUUUUGUUGCCUGGUGCUAUAGAGAGGAUGUCAAGAUACAAUGGUCACGCCAGAGCUUGCGUUCCAGAGCUGUAUUUGUCUAGAUGGUCAUGAAAAUCAACCAAAAGUUCUUCUACAUAGACUGUCUCACAUCACUGUUAAUGCUACUUCACUUAGUACAUUCAUUUUAUCUGAAUAUGCCAUACCUACCAAAAACUGAAGGAGAGCAAUAAGUGCUGAAGCUGACUGUGUUCUUCCAAAUAUUCCAAUUUGAUUGACUGAAGCUCUGAAGGAGUCAUCACAGUUGUAAUAUUUAUAUGACACAGAACAAGAUUCUAUUCUGAUAACUUUGUAAUACAGUACUGGUCAUGGACCCUCAAGACACAUUAACGAAUUUAUGCAAGCAAUACAUAUAUCUGCAGGGUUAAAGGUACUCUACAGGAGGAAAGCAGGUAAUUUGUAAAUAUAACUUAUUAAUGUAUUAUUUACAGUGGAAAGUUGAAGAGCUGUGAGUUCAUAAUUUAUUUUGUUAUAUUUAUUGUGAAUAAAAUGCAUAAAUAUGCAAUAUGGUAAUAUAUUGUGUAAGUUUGAGUAGCUGUGUUCUCAUCAUUUUUUAAGAAUUACAUCUAAUAGCAAAA